ACUCCUGCCCCUGCAACAGGCCGAGGCUCGGCACCCACACCCCACCCCGCCCCGGCCAAGUUUUGCUUUUUGUUUGAAAUCAAUGAGAAGAAACUCGUGACGUGGUUCUGAUUAAACUCUGCUGCAGCCGAGCCGAGCCGAGCCGAGCCGGGUCCGCUCCCCCGCACAUGGGAACCGGACCCGGGCUUGUCAAGGGAGGAGGAAUCGAGCCGGGCUGGGUCCGCUCCCCCGCACACAGGAACCGGACCCGGGCUUGUCAAGGGAGGAGGAAUCGAGCCGAGCUGGGUCCGCUCCCCCGCACACAGGAACCGGACCCGGGCUUGUCAAGGGAGGAGGAAUCGAGCCGAGCUGGGUCCGCUCCCCCGCACACAGGAACCGGACCCGGGCUUGUCAAGGGAGGAGGAAUCGCUCCCGGCUGCAAAAACAGGUUGAUAAUGGGGUCACAGAGCCCCAGUAUUCUGGAGAUUAAGGAGGAGACGAGGCUGAUUUUGGGGGCGUUCCUCCAAAAAUCCCUGACCCUUGACCCCUCCAGCCGUCCCGGCCACGUGGGGCGAUAUUACCGGGACCCCCAGAAAUACAGGCACACAGGCUCUGAAGGCAGUUGGAACUCGAUUCAUGAAGCCAUUAAUCUCGCCGAGGAGAAGAAACACAAAUUUAAAACGACCAUCAAAAAACGCUUCAGCGGAAAGAAAAAGAACUCCACCCCCUCACAGAAGAACCAAUCACAGGCCUCCGAGGGGUCGGGGGGCGGGCCUAACCCCCUAUUGGCCUGCAUGGGCGUCAGGACCAGGCCUUCCUCCCAGGAGGAGGAGGAGGAGGAGGAGGGAGAGGGCAGGAAGAGGAGGAGCCACGGUCACAAGAAGCCGUCGCCCUUCCUGAAACUAUUCAAAAGGAAAAGCAAGCUAGAGAAGGCGGGGUCUGUGAGAGAGGGGGAGGAGCCAGAUGCCAGGGCCCCACCCCCGCCCAGACCUGAUUGGCUGCCCAUCGGCACAGAGGCGGAGUCUAGCCCUCCGAAGUCUCCCGGCCACACCCCCCAGUUCUACAGUGAUGUCGCUGACACCCUGGAGCGAAUCGCGAGGCAGCACACGCUGUCGGGGCCUGAGAACAAACAGGCAGAGCGGAGACAGCCCGGCCAGCGCGGGAGUGAGAAGGAGGUUCUGGUCAGCAGGCUGGUGGCGCUGCUCUCUGCACAAGGAGACGCCAUCAAUGAGAAGGUGAAACUCAGAGACUCUUCGGUUUGUUCUGAUAACUUGUCAGAGCGUUUAAAACUCUGCACAUUGAAAGUCGUCCUCCUCCCUCUGCCUCGAUUGGCUGAUUCCUUCGCCAGCUCCGCCCAGGUCACCCCCAGUCUGCCCGGCAGCCCCACUCUCUCCCGCAUCGCCCUGACGAUGGAUCUCUCGCGCCGCAUCGCCACGGUAACCGGGGCACAGAGGCUCAUGGGAUACACGGAACAGUACAUGGAGGCCUUCGCACCCUGGAUCAGAGAGAACGGGGGCUGGGAGAACAUCGUCCAGCUCAAUGACCUCAUCGAAGUUCUGGACUGACCCCCCCUUGCCCCAGGGGAUCCUGGGAUUGAGGAGGACUGUCUGCUCUAGGCACUCUAGCGCCUGUUUGUAAUAUUGAAAGUUGAGUGUGUAAAGAGGAGGAAAGUCCCGGGUCCCGGCUCUGUGCGCGGGGGCUGUGUGGGGAUUCAUUCAAAUCACAGCAAUGUUACUCUAGAUUUUAAAAGGCUUUUAAAAUUUUUAACUUGCAUUGUGUGUGUGUGUGUGUGUGUGUGUGUGUGUGUGUGAGUGUCAGUGUGGGUCAAUGUGUGUGUGAGUUUGUGUCAGUGUGUAUGUGCGCGCCUGUCUGUCUGUCUGCUUCACGACAGUAAAACACAAACCCUU